AUGUCAAAACGUGUCUCUGACUCCAUUCACCUGCCCCACCCCUGGAUGCUCUGGCCACAUCAGUGGCAGAUAUUCACGACACAGAAGGUAGGGCAGCCAACCCCCACCUACCCCCUCAGCCCCCAGCCCUCCUGGGUCUCAGAACAACCCCCACCUACACCCCCAGCCCUCCUGGGUCUCAGAACAAUCCCCACCUACCCCCUCAGCCCCCAGCCCUCCUGGGUCUCAGAACAACCCCCACCUACCCCCUCAGCCCUCCUGGGUCUCAGAACAACGCCCACCUACACCCUCAGCCCUCCUGGGUCUCAGAACAACCCCCACCUACCCCCUCAGCCCCCAGCCCUCCUGGGUCCCAGAACAACCCUCACCUACCCCUCACCCCCCAGCCCUCCUGAGUCUAAGAACAACCCCCACCUACCCCCUCAGCUCCCAGCCCUCCUGGCCCUCCUGGGUCUCAGAACAACCCCCACCUACCCCGUCAGCCCUCCUGGGUCUCAGAACAACCCCCACCUACACCCUCAGCCCUCCUUGGUCUCAGAACAACCCCCACCUACCCCCUCAGCCCUCCUGGGUCUCAGAACAACCCCCACCUACCCCCUCAGCCCCCAGCCCUCCUGGGUCUCAGAACAACCCCCACCUACCCCUUCAGCCCCCAGCCCUCCUGAGUUUCAGAACAACCCCCUCCUACACCCUCAGCCCUCCUGGGUCUCAGAACAACCCCCACCUACACCCUCAGCCCUCCUGGGUCUCAGAACAACCCCCACCUACCCCCUCAGCCCUCCUGGGUCUCAGAACAACCCUAAUAUGUCCCUGUCUGACACACUGUUCUACGCCGCUCCCUCUGUCUUACCAAGAAGACCCCUGUAG